AUGCAGCUCCCAGCUCUGUGCUGCGGGGUUUCCCUGCUGCUGCUCGUCCUGCCACACGCGGGGGCACAGGCGGCCGGCGGCGAGCGCAGCGCGGAGCUGCAGUCCCUGCAGGAGCUCCUGGAGGCGCUGGAGCAGCUCCUGGGUGAGGAGGGCGGGCUCCCCGGCCUGGAAGCGGAGCCGGAGGCCGGGGCUGAGGCCGGCGGGGCUGAGUGGGACGAGCUGGCGGCAGAGAGCAGCUCGCAGGCUGCCCCGCUGCCGGGCCCCAGCGCCCCGCAGGCGGAGGGGCAGAGCCGGUGGAGGAGCCUCCUCUCCUCCUACAGGAGGAGGCCCUUCUCGGGCUGCUUUGGCACCAGGAUGGAGAGGAUCGGCGCUCAAACAGGACUCGGAUGCAACCACUACAAAGCCCGUUUCUGGAGGAAAGGGAGAAGCUGA